CACACAAACAAACAAAAAGCCCAUUGGGGGUCUUUUUUUUUUAUUGAGUAAAGGAGUUUUGGGAGUAAAAAGUGAGGAAACCACUGUGGUCUCAGACAUCCCCAGCCAUGAUUGCAUAAUUGGCCCAUUUCUUGCUGUGCCCUCACAAAGCCCCAUGGUGAAGUCAUGGCAAGACCUGUCUAUAUAAGACCCUGGCUCGGCUGGGUGUUUGGUCUUUACAGCCCAGGAAGCCUUGGUGACCUGUCGGCCUUUGACCCUAGCUAGUUUGAUUUCGAUUCUCUUUUUUUCAUUUUGUUUAUUUGUUUAUUUUCAUUUUUCUUUCUUCUCUACUCCUUUUCUCUCCCAAUUUUUUUUUGCCUUUUUCUGUUUUUACUUUUUUCUUUUUUUUUCUCCUUUUUUAGUUUUUCUUUUUCUCAAUUUUUUUUCGUUUCCUCCCUUCAUUUUCUUUGUGUGUGUGUGUGUGUGUGUGAGUGUGUGUGCGCGUGUGUGUUUUUCAUUUGUUUUUUUGUGUUAGCGUUUUAGUACAGUUAGUAUAGUUCAUAUUGUUAGUAUAGUUCAUAUUGUUAGUAUAGUUCAUAAGCAUAGUUAGUAUUGUUAGUAUUUUGUAGGUUGGUAUUGUUGGUUAGCAUAGUCCGUGUAAUUAGCAUUAUUUAGCGUUAGUAUAGUUAGUAGGUCACCAUGCUUCAGGGGCGUAAGGCCAUUACCGCUGGUGAGGAGGACUUCUGUAUUUACGAGAUCCCCGAGAUCACCAGUGAGGGCAGCGUCCCCCCCAGGAAGCAGUCUGAUGUGACGUUCAUCAAGAAAACCCAGAAGGACCCCGCUGGCCUCCAGGGACUUUGUCGUGAAGCCCAGAAUAUGAAGACCUCAAGUCACCCAAGUGUUGUCAAGUCACUUGAGGUGAUCAACACCAAGGAAACAUUGGUUCUCCUUUCAGAAUACGUAAGCAGAGACAACCUGCGUGACGAUAUUACGCACCGUGGCCAAGUGACGGAGGAGGUUCCAGACAAAUUCUGCCGGCUGUUAUCGGUUGUGGAGUACUGCCACCAACAAGGUAUGAUCGGCAGGUAUCUGAAGCUGGAGACACUGCUUUUUCACAAGAAGCUGAAGCAAAGGGAGGACACCCCUUCCGCAAACGCUUGGAGCCUGGGGGUGGUUUGGUACUGCUUGGCCACCGGGUUGGAGCCGUUUGAGGGGGAAGUCUUCUGGGACGCGGAACGAAAUAUCGAAAACAGGGAACACAAUGCUCUGGUUUUCAUGUCCCUGGAGAGUGAAAACAUGUGGUACACGUUGACAACUAUCCAGCCCACGAUCAGGACACCAACCACAGUCCACUCCUGGAACUCCAUCGCAACCUGUUCCACCUCUGAAGGGACUACCAUAGUGACCACGAUUAGCGGGCCCAGAUUCAACUCGCCAGCCACAAACUCCGACACCAGCAUGCAGGGAACGAUGCUGAGCUCCAGGAAGCCCGGGGACAUGGCGCAGGAGAUUGGCCAGGGCGACAGGUGGGACCAGAUCCAGAACAGCUUCACAGGCUGGAGGAGUGUCGGGGACUGCGGCACCAUUGCGGAGAACCAGUGA